AUGGUGGAAGAGGAUGAAACGGCUGGUAAAACACCAGAGGAGUGCCGCGACCUUGGAUUAUGGGAAGUGGAUCUGGUCUAUUAUAGUCUCUAUGGGAAUAAUAAGGGGGAUUCCACGAAAAAUAAACGUGGAAAAGCCUACAAAGCACGAAGUGAUAGUGAAUACAAAUGUUUCGAAGCACAUGACGGAGUGCUUUAUCGACCGGGCGAUCAUGUUUUCAUCGAAGUGUCCCAGUGUGAUCCAUAUUAUAUUGGGACAAUUUCAAAUUUUAAAAUGACAAAACGAGACCAGUUAUCGGUAAAAGUGACGCGAUUCUAUAGACCAGAGGAUGUUCCCGAGGAUAGUUACUCGCUGCUACUUCAAGAUCGACAGGAUGACACGUCGCUCAACCAUACUGUGAUGGCUGCUAUGCAAACCCGAGAAUUAUUCUCUUCCGAAAUCUCAUCUAUCCAUCCUAUAUGUCAUCUCAGGUUGGUUUAUAUGCAUAAAGAACUACUGUUUGAUAAAGAAGAGGUGGAUAACGAAUCAGACAUUGUGGAAAAGGAGUCAAAGGGAUUUGCAUAG